CCAUGCGACGAAGUUCACUGCGAAAACCUGUUCGCCGAAGUGGGAGACUGCGGUGGGCGCAGACUGUUGUAGUGAGUUCGGUUGCAUUCGGUAGUCUGCCAGCUGCUAUGGUUAAAACAGAAAUCGUAACGAACUCCGCGCCCCUGCGCGGUUAUCUUCGAAGCAACAACCAUGGAUUCGGGCGCCUGCCAUUUGUCAUCUGCCCAAGCGCGUAUUGUGAUUUUAAAAUUAUUAAUUUGAACGUCACCAAUUUUUCAGCCCAUGUCGGUAGGGAUACCAUUCACCCGAAGACCCAGAGUACAUUUCAGCGACCUUCCCACGACCCUCGAUUUUCCGAAACCCACAGUGAUCAUCGUGGCUUUUACUCAUGUACCUCGAAACUGUUCCUGUGGUUUCCGGCACGUUCCUGAACAUCUUACACAAAUGCUUGUGGAUUCGCUCUGGAGGUCUGGUGUCAAAUCGAUCGAAGGUUGCACCCUUGCGGAGUUCUACUUGGUCUAUGACACCUUCAACCUGAAUCAAGCAGACUGUGACGUCGAAAGUCGAAAGAAUGCUAUCAAAUCACCAUAGUGUUGGUUAUUACAGGGUAGUAUAGAUCUCAAGGUCCUCAGAGGGUUCAUCGCCUUCUACCCAUAUAAUGGGAGUUGAGUUCUACAUUGGGCAUCGAGGAUUUAAGUCUUACCGAUUUUGGAGUCGAAGUUUUUGGACAAUAGGAGGUACUUUGGUUUUGUUGAAGCUAGAGAGGGCGCAAGAAAAUGGGCAAGCUUCACAAGGUUUAGGCAUUAUCGGGUUUUGGGGUUUCGGAAAUGGUUGACACUUGAGUCUCUCACGGGCCCAAUCGUAUUAUUCAUCGGAAUUUGUUGUUAGGCAUUUGAACAAUGAGCAGCGAGGAGCAUCAUUCUGUGGAAGUGCCAUCUCCUGAUUUUCCAGAGACUGUCUCGGAGGAUGGUGGAUUUGGGAAGAAGUCGGUUGGUGUGGAUGAGAAGACUCAACUCAUGGAAGAGGGUUCUGAUCUCAACAAACCCUUGGCAAAGGAUGCUGAGCUUUGGAUGAGUAUUGCCUCUGCGUGUGCUUAUGGGCUAAUAGGCCUACUCAUGGGAUUUUUCAAUAAGGCGGUUUUAGAGGACUGGCCAUACCCGAAUUCUUUCCUGACGCUGCAGAUGGCGGUUUCGAUCGUCAUUGUCAAUGUGAUGCAAGUGUCUGGUUUGACCACCGUCCAGCCGCUGCAACUAAACGCGGUCAAGAACUUGUUACCCGUGGUGUUUUUCUACAACACAAAUGUUGCAUUUGCGUUGGUAGCAGUGAGGGCUCUAAGCAUACCCGUCUAUCAUGUUCUGAAGCGUCUGACUCCUGUCAUGGUGCUGGCGGGUAAAUUCUUGAUUUGGGGCAACACGACGUCCAUCGAAAUCGCGUUGUCUGUCUUAACUGUUGUGUCAGGUUGCUUGAUGGCUGGCCUCGGAGAUUUGAGCUUCGAUUUCAGUGGUUAUUCUGCGGCGCUCAUGAGCUGCGCACUGCAAAGUACUUACUUGAUACUCGUUGAAAGAUCUGGUACUGAGAAAGGAUUCAACUCAAUGGAGCUGUUGCUCUAUAAUGGAAUGCUCUCUUUGCCUGUCCUCCUUGCUAUUACUCUGGCAACAGGAGAGGUAUGGGACUCUGUGGAGAGCAUCCAAUACCAACUUGCGGAGAAUGCCUUGUUCCUGCCUCUCCUCAUUUCCUCACUCUUAAUGGGCUCGUUACUUAAUUACUGCUUAUUUCUGUGCACCCUGUGCAACUCGGCUUUGACAACCACCAUUGUCGGCACACUUCGCAGCGUUUUUGGCACGGUGGCUGGAUUUUUUGUCUUCGGAGGCGUCAAGGGCACAGCCUUCAUGUUCCUUGGCGUGACAUUCAACACGAUAGGGGGAGUAGGGUACACAAUUAUCAAGUACAGGGAGAAGCAGCCCAACACCUCGCAGAACAGGGUUAGGCUUGAGAAAUAGCUUCAAUAGAGGCUGAACAUCUCGCUGCACUUACUGCUGAUCGACAAGUAGUCGGAACAAAACUCCUCUCCUUCAAAGUUCAAAUCUGAAGAAUCUCAGUUGGGUACAGACUUCGAGGAUUGUAUCCGAACUUCCUGCUGUUGCCCGAUUCAAAUGUUUUAGGUUAGAAGCUCAGACGUAAGAAAUUCAGCUUAGCAGUUGCAUUGUUCUUCGUGUAUAUUCGUAUUUAUAUAUUCAUGACGUCUUCGAGCAA